AUGACUGAAGUUCAGUUACAGGAGAUUAAACUGGAACCAGACUCCGAACUUCGUUUUGAAGUCGAAUCUAAGAAUGAAAAAGUGGUCCUAGAGGUUAAGAGCGGGUACGCCGAGUUAUUUGGUACAGAGCUAGUUAAAGCGAAACCGUACGAGUUCCAUACAGGAGCGAAGGUGGCUGUAUUUACGUGGCACGGUUGUACAGUGGAGUUACGUGGUCGAACUGAAGUUAGCUAUGUAGCAAAGGAAACUCCAAUGGUAGUAUAUUUAAAUGUCCAUGCAGCCUUAGAACAGCAGCGAGUAGCUGCAGAACAGGAAAAUACAAGAGGACCUGUUACAAUGAUUGUUGGACCUGGUGAUGUUGGCAAAUCUACAUUGACUAGGAUUUUAUUGAAUUAUGCAGUGAGGAUGGGACGUCGUCCUAUAUUUGUUGACUUAGAUGUUGGACAAGGGCACAUCAGCAUUCCAGGAACAAUAGGUGCCUUAUUAGUGGAAAGACCUGCAUCCAUAGAAGAGGGUUUUAGUCAGCAAGCGCCUCUGGUAUACCAUUUUGGACACAAGAGCCCCAAUGAGAAUCUAGAGCUGUAUAACACAAUAGUAUCAAGACUAGCAGAAGUUAUAGCGGAAAGGUGUGAACAUAAUAAAAAAGCUUCAACAUCAGGAGUUAUUAUCAACACUUGUGGUUGGGUAAAGGGAGCUGGUUACAAAGUACUGACUCAUGCUGCUCAAGCAUUUGAGGUGGAUGUGAUAUUAGUAUUAGAUAAUGAAAGGCUGUAUAAUGAAUUGAAGAGAGAUAUGCCAAAGUUCGUGAAAGUUGUGUAUUUGCCAAAAAGCGGUGGGGUAGUGGAAAGAUCAACGUCUCAGCGAGCUGAACUGAGGGAUGGCCGUAUACGAGAAUACUUCUAUGGAAAAAGGACACCAUAUUACCCGCACUCCUUUGACGUCAAGUUCUCGGACCUUAAGAUUUAUAAGGUUGGAGCGCCGUCUUUGCCUGAUUCUUGCAUGCCCCUAGGCAUGCGUGCAGAAGAGGCACUGACUAAACUAGUACCAGUAUGGGCAUCAGCAGCGCUUGCGCAUCGAAUACUAGCUGUCUCGUUCUCCCCUGCUGCUGACGAGCUUGCUCUUCACUCUAAUCUAGCUGGAUUUGUGUGUGUGACCGCAGUAGACAUGGAAAGACAAACGCUUACGAUUUUAUCACCACAGCCACGACCGCUUCCAAAUACUAUAUUGCUUCUCUCAGAACUACAAUAUAUGGAUAAUCAUUAA